AUGUGCAAAGUAACAGAAAAUGAGAUAUAUGAUGGGCUAUCUUCAAUAGGGAAUGAUAAAUCUCCUCGAGUUGAUGGUUAUAAUGCUUACCUUUUCAAAAAAGUAUGGCCUCCUGUGAAGACAGAAGUUAUUGAUGGUGUUAAAGAUUUCUUCAAAAUUGGGAGAUUGUAUAGGGCAAUUAACUGUACUGCUAUCACACUAGUCCCAAAAACUGCCAAGCCAAACAUUAUGAAGGAGUAUAGGCCUAUUGCAUGUUGUACCGAAGUGAUGCCAGACAUUAUUUGUGAAGCCCAGGCUGUUUUCAUUCCAGGGAGGAAAAUAGCUGACAACAUCUUCCUUGCCCAUGAGCUAGUAAAAGAUUAUACAAGUAAGAAUUUAUCAGCUAGGUGCAUGAUAAAAAUUGAUCUACAAAAAGCAUAUGAUUCUGUUGAAUGGCCCUUUGUGAGACAGAUGUUAAUUGAGCUUGCUAGAGGACUUAGACAAGGAGAUCCAAUAUCUCUAUUUCUAUUUGGGAUAACUAUGGAGUACCUGCGUAGACUACUUAAUGAGUUGAAAGAGGAUAAAAGGAUUUUCUCUACAACUUCAGGACUGCAAGCUAAUCUUGGGAAGAGUUGUGUAUAUUUUGGAGGAGUUAGGAAGGAAGAGCAGGAAAAUAUUCUGAAGCAUUUGGGAGAGAAUUACAGCCAGAAUCACUUCAUGGACAGAAAGAAACUAUCAUAUGCAGGAAGAACUCAAUUAGUGAAGUCAGUUCUGUUUGGUAUGCAAGCAUAUUGGGCUCAACUAUUCCCUAUUCCUUCAAAGGUUUUGAAGACUAUAGAUGCCUAUUGCAGAAGCUAUAUGUGGUCAGGUAGUAAUUCAAUUACUAAGAAAGCUUUGAUAGCAUGGGAUAGAGUAUGUCUGCCUAAGUCUAUGGGAGGAAUAGGUAUCAUCAACACAAAGCUAUGGAACCAAGCUGCUCAAAUCAAGACAUGCUGGGAUGUUGCUCAUAAAGAAGACAAAAUAUGGAUUAGAUGGAUUCGUGCUUAUUACAUCAAAGGAAAGCCACUAAUGGAAAUAAUAGUUCCAGCACAAGCAAGUUGGAUUACUAGGAAGAUAUUGGAAUCGAAGAAUAAGCUGCAUUUGAUACCUGGAAACAAGACCACAAGGAGUUUGACAAAUACUAUCUACUAUAAGCUGCUUCCUGAAAUGAGGCCAGUAAUCUGGAAGAGUCUUAUAUUUAAGAAUGAUGCGAGGCCAAAAGCAAGCUUUAUAACGUGGUUAUUGUUACAGGGGAGAUUGGCAACAACAGAUAGACUAAUAAGAUGGGGCAUGACAGUGGACACCACUUGCUCAUUAUGUCAAGCAGAACUGGAAACUAGAGAGCAUUUGUUUGUUGAAUGUGAUUUUGCUAAAGCUAUAUGGAGGAGACUGCAGAAAUGGUUAAAAUGGCAGCAAAUAGCAGAAGAAUGGAAUCAACAUAUUGACUGGGCUAUCAAAAAUGCUAAAGGAAAAUCACAACAAGCUCAAAUAUUCAAAUUGAUAUAUGCAGAAUGUAUAUGUGCUAUAUGUAUGGAAAGGAACAAUAGAGUGUUUGAAAAGAAGACUAGAAGUUGGGAAGCAAUUGUACGAGAAAUUGUCUAUAUCUGUUAUGUUAGAGCAGGCCCUAGAGUAAAAAAGUUUCUGUAG